AUGUUCACAGGAAUCGUCGAAUGCAUGGGCAAGGUUGUCGAGUUUGCUCCGCUGGACACCAGCGAGUCGGGCGGCAACGGAUCGUCGCUGACGAUUUCGGGAGCAGAGCAGGUCCUUUCGGACUGCCAUCUGGGUGACAGCAUCGCCAUCAACGGCACCUGCCUGACCGUAACAGAGUUUACCAAGGACACGUUCAAAGUUGGCUGUGCGCCUGAGACGCUAAGCCGCACCAACCUGGGCCAGCUCCAGCCUGGCAGCCUCGUCAACCUGGAGCGCGCACUUGCGGCAGGUCACCGCUUCGGUGGACACUUUGUGCAGGGCCACGUCGAUACCACCGCCGAGAUAAUCUCGGCCACACCCGAUGGUAACUCGAUUUGGUUCAAGUUCCGCGUGGGCGACAAGAAGCUGAUGCCGUACAUUAUUCCCAAGGGAUUCAUCGCCAUUGAUGGCACGUCGCUGACUGUCUGCGAUGUGAACGAUGACGAGGCGUGGUUCACUAUCAUGCUGAUUGCGUACAGCCAGUCGCAUGUUAUCAUGCCGACCAAGAAGCCAGGCGAUCUGGUCAAUAUCGAGGUCGACAUGCUGGGCAAGUAUGUCGAGAAG